UGAGGCCAGGGGUCACUCGAGGUCAGUCUUCUAUCGGAUUUAUGGUGGACCCAAAUGAAGGCAGUCUGCGAGUAGUCACUCCCAAUACCCACCUGUCAAUCACUUGCUUCUGGGAUACGCAGGAAUUUGUGAGUGUCGGUGGUGUGGUGGACACCAGCAUCCCCCUGGUCCCACAGUCUCUGUCACAGGCCCAAGGAUUGACUCCAGGAUCAGUUGUCUUCAUCAUACAGGGCUUUAAUCUGCCUCUGGGACAACACGUUGUAAAUCUGACAGCAACAUGUCUGACGCCCGUUACAGUCACAAAGAAAACGUUAAGAGAGACGACAGUGCCAGAGACCUAUGGAAUAGAUGAAGAUUCCACACAAACCACAAUAACAAUCAGUUCAGAAGAGGAGUACGUCACAGAGACUGUCAUGUAUCCGAUCGAAGAGACCAUAUGCGUCACAGUAUACAACGAAGAGUCAAUCAAAGGACUCCGUCUGGACCAUAGCAACAGCUUUUACGAUGUUGUAAACAACACAACAAAAUUAACUGCCAGCGUUGCUACAGGGACAGAGCUGACUGUACAGUGGGCCUUUGACAAUGAAGUCUACAUACAACAGGUAUCCGACAGCGUGAAGACGUUGGGCUUUACCUAUCCUCACGUUUGGAAAAAUCCAGGUACUUUCACAGUGUACCUCAACGUGUCCAACAGAGUCAGCGACGACUACACAAAAGCAAAAGUCACCGUGUUUUAUCCUCUUAACGGAUUUACCUUUUCUACCUCCGACACCAUCUUGCAAACACAGGAGGAGCUGGUCUUGACGCUGACAAUGGCCUCUGAUACGAAGAUGCCUAUGGGUAAUGUGACCUUCAACUUGAUCUGGGGGGAUGGCCCAGAAGUGUUUAAUGUCUUGAACGUCACUCCUGGUCAGAAUCUCGUAUUUAGACACACAUACAGCGUACAGGGUGACAGGAACGGCAGCCUAGAGCUUGUCUCACAGGUAGACAACAAGGUUUUCACGUUCCCAGUAUAUGUCUGGAACAAGUUGAACGUAACAUUAAACAUAUCGGCAACAGCUGGUAAGCCAGGAGACAUCUUCAACCUGACCUUUGUCAACCCACCAAUUGUAGGUUUUCAAUACAUUAUAAACUGUAGCGGUGGUCAGUUAUUCAGCAAUAAUCAGUCGGCUCUGUAUGCAAACUUUUCGCCUCCCGUCCCUCCCUACACCUUUUCCUUCGAAAAGGAAGGAGAAUACAUCAUCGAACUUCACGCCUUUAAUCUUAUGUACUCUUUCGACACGAGUUACAUUAUCUUCGUUGAAAUUCCGGUGACAGGAAUCAGUCUGGCCCAUAGUAACAGCUUUUACGACAUCGUGAACGACACAACCAAACUAACGGCCAGCGUUGCUACAGGAACCUCGCUGACUGCACAAUGGGUCUUUGGCACGGAACUCUACAUUCAACAGGUAUCUGACGUCAGCAUACUGGACUUUACCUAUCCCCACGUUUGGAAAAAUUCAGGUACUUUCACAGUGUACCUCAACGUGUCCAACAGAGUCAGCUACAACUACACAAAAGCAAAAGUCACCGUGUUUUAUACCCUUAACGGAUUUACCUUUUCUACCUCCGACACCAUCUUGCAAACACAGGAGGAGCUGGUCUUGAUGCUGACCAUGGCCUCUGACACGAAGAUAUCUAUGGGUAAUGUGACCUUCAACUUGACUUGGGGGGAUGGCCCAGAAGUGUUUAAUGUCUUGAACGUCACUCCUGGUCAGAAUCUCGUAUUAAGACACACAUACAGCGUACAGGGUGACAGGAACGGCAGCCUAGAGUUGGUCUCACAGGUAGACAACAAGGUUUUCACGUUCCCAGUAUAUGUCUGGAACAAGUUAAACGUAACAUUAAACAUAUCGGCAACAGCUGGUAAGCCAGGAGACAUCUUCAACCUGACCUUCGUAAACCCACCAAUUGUAGGUUUCAAUACAUUAUAAACUGUAGCGGUGG